AUCAGCUGGAGGUGUCGGCAGCUGAUAGAAGUUGUCCCCCGGCUGUGUCACCCUGUCUCCAGUCGCAAAGGUGCCAAAACCAGCAGUAUGGCCACAGCACAGUCUGUGUUGCUGCUUGCAGUGCAUGUUCUGCUGAUCUCAGAGUUCAUCUUGGCCAAGAGAGACUACUAUGACAUGCUGGGGGUGACCAAAGAUGCCACUGAUCGCCAGAUCAAGAAGGCCUUCCAUAAGCUGGCCCUGAAGUACCACCCUGACCGAAACAAAGGCCCUGACGCCGAAGCCAAGUUCAGAGAAAUAGCAGAGGCAUAUGAGACGUUAUCAGACGAUAAGAGGAGGCGAGAGUAUGACCAGUUUGGCCAUGGUCCAUCACCAGGGGAGGGCCAUAGAGGAGGAGGUGGAGGUGGCAACCAUAACUUCAACCAGCACUACCAGUCCUUCAACUUCAACUUUGAUGACAUCUUCAAAGACUAUGACACUUUUGGUCAACAACAACGACACCAACACCACUUUCACUCCCACUCCCACACCCACUCCCAUUCCCAUUCCCAUUCUCAAAGUCAGGCCCAUCAAAAGAGACACUUUGACAGCCACUUCCAGGCUCACCAGGAGGCAAUGAACAGGCAGAGGAGACAGUUCAGUGGAGGACUCUUUGAUGACAUGUUUGAGGACUUGGAGAAGAUGUUCUCCUUUAACUCGCACGGUUCCAGGACUGAAAGCAGAUUCCAGAGCUCGGGAAAGCAACACUGCAGGACAGUGACCCAGCGUAGGGGCAACAUGGUGACAACCUUCACUGACUGUUCCUGAGACAAGCAGAAAUUGGUUCUCUACGGAGGGCAGCUGCUUAGGACACUGCUAAGCUUUUAAGUGUGGUUUUGGAAUUGAUCGCUAAUUUAUCACUUGGUGGAAUAGAAAAUUGUUUUUGUGUGGCUUUUUGUAAUUUUCUGUGUGUAAUUCCAUCUAGGAACAAAUAUCCAAGCUGGCCUGAUAAACGGCUGCUUCCAAGCAAUAACUCACUCACAUUAUUGCUCAUAGCACAGUAGUAAGUCAUUCAGAUACCUCCCCAUUAUUUAGCUUUCCAGGUUCAUUAUGUUUACUUGUGUUCAUUUUUUAUGAUGGUACAAUCUACUAACUAGACUCAGGUAUGGCCUAAAGCUAACAGAUCAUUUGAAUGAAAAAGGUUAUUUUUUCUCUUGUGAGCAGUGAGGCAAUAAGAUUUCUCAAACAUCAGCUGUAACAUUGCAAAACAUUCAUUCUGCAGCUAAUUAGGCCAUACUAUUAUUGUGCUCUCAACAACAUGAACCUUUUUGCUAAUAUAAAACCAGGCUAUGCUGAGCUUAGCAUUGUGUACUGCUAGAUUUGUACAUUUUGUUUCUUGGUUUUUACUCAUUAGCUUAAAAGAUUCAAUCACAAGUAAAGCUGAAGUAAUACAAAUUUGGAUCGAAAGCACUUGCAUCAAAUUUUGCUGUGAAAAUGGAGCGUCACAUCCCGUGAUGUGUGCGAGUUGGCCAUUAUGAACUGUUACCUCGUUUUAAUUUCUUUCUACAGAGUUACAUCUACCUUCACCCAGUCAGGGUAGGAAAAUAACAUCAGGCCUAUGACAAAGACUGGUAAACUUAGCCACGGAGAAUGUUUGUGUGCUCUCUCAGCUGUUUUGUAACCAGUUGUUUUGAUGCUUACAAAAGAACCUGGGGUCGUCUGCCAGUGAAGCUGAACGGACUGAGAAGUUACGUUUCCUGAACUGAUCAUAAUGUGCAAUAUUUAGCACCUUUGCUCUUCAUGUUGCCUAUAUUUCAGAGACAGUGCUAUGUUAAUGUCAUUGUCUGAUGUCUGCACUUUGUGUGUGUGUGUGUGUGUGUGUGUGUGUGUGUGUGUGUGUGUGUGUGUCUGCACAGUGAGAGUGCCCUGAAUGUUGAUUGGUUGCAUAAUGUUUGAAUAAUGAAUAAAAAGUU